ACAUCUUCUCUCUUCUAAAUUCCUUUAUAUAUAUAAAUAUAAAUACGAGAUGAUGACUAGAAAUCUAUCUUACAUUUGAAUUUCUUCAUGAUGAAGAGACCAACAACAAUGGCGGCAGCCUUCUCCCCCAAUGUUCGAUCCAUCAGCUUGCCGGCCAGAUCUCAUCCGAGCACAGUGAGAGUGGAGGAAGAGCUAAACAAGCUUAAAUCAUGGGAAUCGUCGAGUUCUUCAUCAUCAAAGGCAGAAACAAUAUGCCUCGGUCUAUCGCUUCUGAGCGAAUUGUAUAAACGAAUACAAGAUCUUCUGAAUCUGCCAUUGACCCAACAAGCUCUUUCCCAAGAUCAUCACCAGAAAUGGGUCAACGAGUUGUUGGAAGGAUCAUUGAGAUACUUGGAUGCAUGCGGGAACACCAGGGACUCUGUUCUCUCAAUGCAAGAAACCGUUCGAGAGCUCCAAUCUGCUCUUCGCCGGAGAAAAGUUGGAGAAUUGGGCAAUGAAAGCGUUGUCUCUGCCUACUUUUGCUCGAGAAGAAAGAUGAAAAAGGAGACUGCAAAGUCUCUGGCAUCACUGAAGCCGCCAUUGAUGGAUGGCUUGGAUUGCUUAGAGAAGAAAGAUGAUCAUCUCUUGGCGGUGGUCAGAGUGCUUAGAGAAACAAGCCUGAUUACCAUUUCAAUCUUCCAUUCGCUCUUGUUGUUCCUUUCUGCACAAGUGUUGAAACCAAAGCCAAGCAGAUGGUCGUUGGUUUCCAAAUUGGUGCAGAAAAGUGUGCAGAAUGUGAAUGAAUUGGAAGGCGUCGACAUGGCUCUUGGCAGCCUGUUGAUGCAGAGUUCUUGCAGAGAAAUGGAGGGGCAAAAGAUGCAAUCUGCGCAGAUUGGGCUGGAUGCUUUGGAUGUUAGCAUGGAAGGCAUUGUGAAAGGGUUGGAGUGCUUGUUUAGGCACUUGAUCCAAACCAGAGUUUUCCUUCUAAAUAUAAUGUCUCACUAGGGGAUCUCCAACACCAAUUUGUUGAAGGAUCUGCAUAUUUAUUUUUCUACUUUAAAAUUUGUAUAGAUAUACUUCACUCACACUGCUAUGUAAUUUGAUUUUCAAUAUUGAUAUUUGUUCAAUUCAA